AUGUCGCUGGAUACAUCAACCACGGCCAAAUUAACGCGCCAAGCUUGCGAGAGGUGCCGGAAGCAGAAGCUGAGGUGCAUCCGAUCCGACAGUGCCGAUUUGUGCAACAGAUGCCUGCGCAAGGGGGCGCCGUGUGAAUACAGCUCCAGCUUGCCCAAGGGCCGCCGACGCAGCACGCAUACAGGCGCUGCAGCUGGCACAGACAGGGAGUCGCAGGCAGGCACCAGCGAUGAGUGCUUUACGAGUUACCUGGGGGACACUGGCUCAAGGUCUCCAGGCAUGGACUGGGACGGUCUGCAGGUCGACCUGGCGGCCGAGACAAGUACCAUGACGACCGAGUCGGCAUUCGACUGGCUCUAUGGGGUGAACUCUGCAAUGUGCGACAACGUCGUCACAGCGUCCACCCCCUACCCAGGCGCAUCUCAGAAUAGAGCUUCAAGGCAGGUGAAUGACGCCGGCAUAGGCUUCAACAACGGUGGCGGCGGCGGCACUGACGACACUGAGGUCCUCGUCGCGCAGCUGGCUCAGCUCAGCACACACAUCUCCUCACUACGCCGGUCCAGCUGUUCCCUCGUCGAAGGCUCGGCGUCGUCCUCGUCCUCGGCCCGCCUGCAGCCGGAUAACCACAGUGAAGCUCGCCAGCCGCCCCUUAUCGACGACGCCUUCUUUCAAUCGGUUGCCACAUGGUUCGCCCACGGGCCGGCUGACAUCUCGCCAUCCCGCUCCCUGGUGACCGCCCCGGGGUUCUGGGCACAGGCGCCCGAGAUCAAAACCCUGGGCGACCUGCUGUACCACAUAUUUUCUGCCUCUCACUACCUACUCGAGCUCCUGCGGCAUGUGCCGAGCGCCUCGGACCCAAACACCGCCGCCACUGCUUCCAGAACCGAGCUCGCGCCCGACCUUGUAGAGUUUGCCCUCCCACCGCUGCACGUGGACAGCAGCGCCCGCCCGUUGGGCUCCAAGUCAGGCCUAGACCCUGAAACCGUGUCACCUCCGUCAGGCCCAUCGGCCAGCAGCAACAACGUUAUACGCCACCUGCUCAUGGCCAACUACACUAUGCUUCUAGGCAUCUACCUAGAGGUGCUUGGCUUACUGCAGCGCUGCGCGGGCCCUUGCAUGCAAACAGAUGUAACGGCUCCGCUGCGUGACAUUAGGCUGGUCUCCGUGGUGCAGCUGUGCUCCUACCUCAUCGAUUGUCAACACCAGGCCGUGGGCUCGUACCUGUCCUCACCUGCCAGCAGUCUCCUGCAGCCGGACAUGGUUUCUGAUGCGAUGGCCACUAAGACUAUGGAGUCCAUGAGGGAGGAGGCGAGACAGCGGAUCCAGUGUUUGCAGCAAAUAUUCUGA